UGCUAGUGCAUUAAGGCUACGGGCUUUUAGCCUGCGUACAUAAACCCGCUUAUUAUGUAGUAUCCACCUCGGAGUUCCUGCAUCUCCUUCCACCCACCGAAUACGCUCUAAUUUCGCUCGGAGCCACCGACAAUGUGUCAGCCCUCACGUGAUGUGUCAACUAUAAUGAAUUGAGCCGAGCGGCACCACGCUUCCCCUCGGACCCACCCCAGAUUUUGUGACAGGCUUGUUCCCAGACUGUCCACAUCAUUGAUGUACAGCUAGACUUUCUGGCGAGGUUGACAUCCCGGCACUUUCCGAACAACCACUUGGGCGCUACAGAUUCAGAUACUGCCAUGCUUGACUCGAGCAUCUCUUCAGAGCACUGAACGCACUGGUUGAACCUAAUCUAUCGAUGGCAACUGAAUCAUCCCCACAAGUGCCAGAUCAUGUCACACCUCCCACACAGUCCAAUACCAACACUUUGCCAGCUGAGACCGUCGAAUUUGCACACCGAAUAUUUGAAGCUGCGCGGGGGGGAAAUACAGAGCUCAUUCUUCAAGCAGUUGACAAGGGCUUGCCGGUCAACCUUACAAAUGAGAAAGGAAACACAUUAUUGAUGCUCGCAGCAUACGCAGGCCACGUGGAAUUGACAAAAGGACUUCUGCAACGGAAAGCAGAUCCAAACAGGCUCAACGAUCUUGGUCAAUCUAUGAUCGCGGGUGCUGUAUUCAAGUCGCACGAUGAGGUUGUGCGUGUGCUGGUCGAAGCGGGCGCAGAUCCGAGAAUAGGCAAACCCACCGCAAUAGAGGCAGCUCAUAUAUUUGGUCGGAAGGAGUUGAUGGAAGUACUGGGUGCAAAGCAGGGUGACAUCGGCAUUGAUGUGCCCACCCCUCUUAGUGCACGUCCCGAGAAGUGAUCACGCUUAAGUCAAUCUGAACGUUGCGAUAGAUAACCUCUGCUACCCAUUCAGAUCGAUCGUGGCAAGUUCAUAGAUAUUAGGCAUCAAAAUAAAACAACUCUUGUAAAGUAGACGAAACCAUCCAUUGCUAAAUCGUGCCCAUCUUGCAGCGUGCGCGCGAAGGAUGACUUGGAUAACAAAAUAACGCGAAUGUGGUACUAGUAACAGCUAGCCUGCGGCAUAACUUCAAGUACCUGGGAAUAGGCACCGUGACCGUCUCGUCGAUGUUGUUAUGAAACAAGAGAGGGUCUAAGACCGGGCUCUACAGGCGUAUUGAACUUGCGAUUUCCGGGGGUAUAUGAUUCCACUGUUUCUUUGGAUUCGAUAACAGCGUUCGGCACAAAUUCUCC